UAAUAAAAAAUAAAAAAAUCCAAUCAUUUAACAUUGUUCUUUCGGUGGCGAGUGUUGUUUGAAUAAACUUUUAAUUAAUUGUUAAUUUAAACAAAACUGGUUCAUAAUUAUCUAUUUAAGUAAAAUAAGCAAAUAAAGUGCAAUAUUAGAUAUAAAGCAAUAAAACAAAAGAGCUUUCUUUUUACUGCCCAUGUAUAAGUUUGUACUAGUUGUGUGUCUCAAUAAUAAUAAAACACUAAAGUGCCUAUUUAAAAGUUAAUUAUUUUUAAUAAAAAAUAUAAAGCAAUUUCUAAAAUUUAAACCUACUUAAAAGGUGUGCAAAAAUUUAAAUUUUAUGUAUGCGUUAACUAGAUAAUUUAACUAUUAAAUGCUUUUGCUGUGCCACGAUUUUUGUCAAGGUUUUCCAGUAGUCAUUGGGUCAUUUUUUCGCUUUAGCUAAUUCAAUGACUGAUUUUACCAAAUACACUAUGCUUGCCUAAAGAACUACCACCUAUUUGAAUAUUAUUUUAAGUAACAAACUACAUUUUAACUCUAAAAUAUACAAAGAAACCAAGGAAGAGGACUAACGAUUUCUGCUGUAAAUCGUAAUUCCCCGUUAAGAAAUUUUAAACUUUUUUUGUUUUACUAAAUAUACAUAAAAAAUGUGCUGCAAAUGUUGCAGCGUUAACCAGCGUAAAGCUUGGGUUUAUGGUUUGGGUACUUUGUUUGCCACUUUGGGUGUAAUCCUAUUAGUUUUAUGGGGCAAUUGGGCGGAAUCAUUAGUACAAAGUGGUUUAGUUUUGAAAGAAGGCAGUGAUGCUUACGACAGUUGGGUGGAGGCACCCAUACCUAUUUACUUAACAUUUUACAUGUUUAAUUGGACAAAUCCCCAUGAGGUACGCAAUCCUAAGGUUAAGCCACAUUUCGUUGAAAUGGGUCCUUAUGUAUUCCUGGAAAAACAUUUGAAAGAGAAUAUAACCUUCUAUAACAAUGAUACGGUUUCGUAUUAUGAAAGAAAAUCCUGGUUUUUCCAACCUGAAAUGUCGAAUGGUACUUUAGAUGAUAUGUUGACUUCGGGUCAUGCUAUAACAGCGACUGUUGCCGAUGAAAUGCGUCAUUCGAAUAGAUUUUUAAAGAAAAUUAUUAACUUUAUGCUAAACCACGAGGGCGGUAAACUUUAUGCCACAAAACGUGUAGGUGAUUGGAUAUUUGAUGGUUAUCAAGAUGAUUUAGUAGACUUUUUAAGACUAUUCAACACCACCAAAAUAAAUAUACCCUACAGUAAAUUUGGUUGGCUGGUAGAUCGUAAUAAUUCCCUAGAAUAUGAUGGUUUAUUUACAAUCUAUACAGGCGUAAAAGAUAUAACAAAAUUGGGUCAACUAACACAUUGGAAUAUGAAAAAUGAGACCGGAUUUUAUGCUCCACCUUGUGGUGUGGUAAAUGGCACUACCGGCGAUCUCUUUCCACCUCAUUUAGAUCCUGAGGGUGAAAUAACCAUAUUUGCCACUGAUGCCUGUCGUUUUAUGAACUUGCAGCCGAAUGGUACAAUGGAAAAACAUGGUUUGAAGGCUAUAGAAUGGGUGGGUACCGAUGAGACUUUGGAUUCUGGUGAAAAUUUCCCCAAUCAACAGUGUUUCUGUGAUCCACGUUUGGAAGAUUGUCCCAAAACUGGUGUAGUUGAAUGUAAAAAAUGUCGUGAUAAUGCUCCCAUUUAUGCCUCAUUUCCACAUUUCUAUUUGGCCGAUGAGUCGUAUCUAAAUGCAGUGUCUGGUUUAAAACCUGAUCCUGAGAAACACAAGUUUAUAUUGGCAGUGGAACCUAUAACUGGAUUGCCGGUGGAAAUUAAUGGCCGCUUGCAGAUAAAUAUGAACAUGAUAGCCGAUAAGGAUUAUGAUAUCUUCCGUGGCAUUAAUGAGUUCUUAAUGCCUCUGUUUUGGUUUGAUCAGGCGGCUUACUUAAGUCCUGAAUUGGCUAAAAAAGCUAGACUGGCUAUUCACUUAGAAGAUUAUGGCCGUUACUUUGCCAUUGCCUUAAUUUGCUUAGGCGGUGUUUUCUUUGUUACCGGUAUUGCCUUGACUCUAACCAAACGUUGGACACGUACCCCUCACGAUGAUGAAGACAUGUUAACUAACUAAUUUUGUUUUACUUAUAAACAUAUCUAUGUCUUAGCUUUUUUAGUUUAAACAAAAACUUGUAAUUUUAGUCCCUUUUUCUAUUCAUUUAUUGUGCCAAAUUUUAAGUUUUUUUAUACUAAUCUAUUUGUGUAUAUAUUUUUUCACUACACUCAUUAUUACUAGUUUAUUUUUUGUUCUUUAAAAAAGUUAAUAUUUUAUUGCCUCAUUGUGUAUUUAAAAUUUAGUUUUAAACACUUGACUAUUAUUUUAAUAGUUUAAUAUUUUAAUUUAUUUGUUUAAGUUAAUUAUAAAAUUUAACAUUUAACUUCAAAUUCCAUAUUAUCUACUGUAUAAAACAAAAGAAAAUGUGAUAGCUUAUAAGCAUUAAAAUUUGUAAAUAAAUCAUAUUAUUAAUUAA